AUGCACCAUAUGCGGUGCUGCCCGCUGCCCUCUGUCGUCUCGAUCCGGUCCGUGACGUUGCGUCGCGUCUUUGCGACCGCGUCUUCCGCUUCCUUCGAUAGCUUGGAGUCACCUGACAAGCAGUCGACGGCUUCUCCUUGUGUAGCCAUGUCAAAGCACUUGGCUACCACUGGUCCGUCGCAUUUGUACUACCACAGCAGCAGUCACCAAGAUGCUGCGACGACGGAAGUCAAAAAGCAUGUGGAAGCUGAAGGCCGUGCGAAUGCCCACGACGAGAACGAGGAGCCUCCAGUCCGAGACACCAAGUUGUUUUCUCGUGCGUUUGACAAGCCACGGAUGGAUGCGAGCUUCCUUGUAAACAAUUAUACAGCACCAGCACUUGCUGCUGCUUAUCAGGAUCGAGAAUAUACAUUAUGGCUCUGUGCAGAGCUACUGAGUGAAGGCAAGUUUGAUCAACUGGAAACUGUACUGAAGCCAUAUCAUGACUUUGCUCAGCGUGAGCCAACGACUCAGAGGCAGACGCCACUUGCUAAAGCAUUUGGGCCACGUCAUCUUGAACGUAUUCGCAAGCGACUGAGCCGACUCCCACGUCAGAUUACCAAAGCAUACUCGGCACGAGCAGCAGUAGUCAUUCCGCUAUGUACAUUCAAAGGCGAGCCGUCUGUGCUAUUUACGUUGCGCUCACUCACUGUUGGCAAGCACAAGGGCGAAGUAUGCUUUCCAGGAGGUAUGGUGGAUGCAACCGACUCGUGCAUUGAAGGCACGUGUCUCCGGGAAAUGAACGAAGAGGUUGGGCUAGCACCUACAGGUGUGGACGUACUAGGUAUCCUUCGCUGUGACUGGUCGAGUGUCACGUCGAUCACAGGCAUUGCCGUGACUCCGGUUGUGGGCUUUAUCGGCGAGAUGAGUGAUCAGACUGUGGCCAUUAACGAAGCUGAAGUGGAGUCCCUAUUUACCGUGCCGGUGCGAGACCUGAUGAACCAGGACAAUUGGAUUCGUCACAGCAACGCCACUCCAGUCUUCACGGGCGGCCCGCACGUUAUUUGGGGAUUGACCGCCUACCUCCUUGAUAUCUGCUUGUUUGAAGCUCUGCAAAUCAGCGACAAGUCGCAAACAGCACCACAGGACUGA